CUGAUUGGCAGUUAGUGGCUCCGCCCACUUUUUCUAACCUGGAAUUGUACUUACCCAGUGACUAACUCUGCAAACUUUGCAUUAACUCUGCAGAGUCUGGGGACCCCGGUGUUAUUACUGUGAGAAUGGCAGCAGGUUGGAUUUUCGCCAAGUCAGAACGUUCAGAUAAGGUGGCCAAGCGGCUGCAAUUGAUGGCGCAGAGAUACGAGGCUCUGGAGAAAAGGCGCAACAUGGAGGUAGAGGGCUAUAAGACUGACAUCAAGCUGCUGAGACUGCGGUUAAAGGAUGUAGAGAAGCAACUAUUCAAGGUGACGCUGAACAUCGGGCCAGACCAAGAUCUUGCUAUUCUGGAUGCAGUGCGGCAAGGCAACAAAAAGACACAAAAAUUUCAAGGGGAACUGAGCCUGGAGAAUGAACUGAGAAUCGGAUAGAGCACAAGGGAGACUGACGGAGCUGCCACACUAAACAAGGAGCCACAGAUAAAGGUCUACCCUGGCUCUACCUCUAGGAUUAUAUAGUGUGUUCGGCCCAGGAAGGAAGAAUAUUGGUGGCCAUACACGUUGCCAAGCGAGCUGAUCUUCUCCCGGUAUCCCCACCUACGGGUGGGUUAUAUCGGGCGAAUUCAGGCUUAUUAGAACAAGGGAUAUUAGAACAACGGAUCAAGUACAGUACCUGUACUUGAUCCCAACUAAGAUAUAAUUACCCCUUAUUGGGGGCAGAACAGCCCUAUUGGGUUUAUUUAAUGGUUAAAUGAUUCCCUUUUCUCUGUAAUAAUAAAACAGUACCUGUACUUGAUCCCAACUAAGAUAUAAUUACCCCUUAUUGGGGGCAGAACAGCCCUAUUGGGUUUAAAUGAUGUUUAA